GAUACUUUAAGAUAUUAUUAAUUUCGUUUAUCGUAAGAUCCUGUCUAACCCACCCUAAUCCGAGCUCAAAUAAAGUUGAGGAAGUAUUCAGUUUGUCAACAAGAUCAGAUUCGGCGCCAGGAGCUGCAUAACCUGAUUGAACAUUUGUCAGAGAGUUUAUCGGAGUUGUCAAAGUCAAUAUCGCACCACUUGAAGCCCCGCUGACCAGGAAUGAGAAUCUAUCGGAAGGGUUAGAUCAAGUCCUAGAGCUAAGUAAAAGGGGAAUUCGUACCCGCAAAGCGCUAAUGUAGUGAAAUAUUUCCUCCUAUAUUAUAAUUUAUCAGAAAAUACUCAUUGAAAGCAAAAAUUUUGCAACAUACGGUUUUGACCAUUUGUAAGGGUUCUCGUGCUCUUCUAAAGUUACCCAGAUAACGUCGCCAUCUUCUUUAGGCAUGAGUUGAUGAUCGUGGUAUCUUUGAACCGACCUGUAUGAUUAUAAAACUAGAAUGACUCAUUUACCCGAGUUAAGUAGUCAAGAGGCUUAAUUUGUAACAAUAGCCGAUCUAUUAAAGAUCAAAGUGCAAAUAUUUCAAUUUUCCUAAACAGAGUUGGAAUAUUUUAAACUAUCACUGAUUAUCUAAUCGGAUUACCUUAACGAUCAUUUCGCGCUUUUUUAGACAGUCAAUUAUGGAUAGUGGGAGGAGUACUAAUAGUCCUGCAUUUAGUAGAAGCAGUACUAUUAAUGGUUUACAAGAAACCGAGGAAAAAGACCAGUUCAAAUGGCUUGAAAUUGACGACGCAGACGACCCACAGCGUUGGCCACAGUCUCGGAAAUUAAAAGUCAUGAUGGCCACUAUAGGAUUUUGUAUUUUAGUUUCAGGUGCUUCGUCUUCAUUCGCCGUUGGUUUGAAUUCUAUGGUCUCGGAUUUAGGCACCACAGAACAACUGGGUACUACAGCCUUGGCGACUUUCGUCGUAGGUUUUGCAGUUGCGCCCAUCUUCUUUGCUGGAGCAUCUGAAGAACUCGGUCGGAAUUGGAUGUACGGAAUAACAUUCGUGAUUUACACUGUUAUGUUCCUCCCCAUCGGACUAUGUAGCAGCAUCAACGGUAUCAUUAUAUCUAGACUUAUACAGGGCUUGGCUGCCUCGUCUGGUUCUACUAUGGUUGCUGGAACCAUCUCGGAUUUAUAUGCAAGUCAUGAGAGAGGUAUCUACAUGUCGAUGUUCGCUUUAUCGACUAUGUUCAGUACAGGUGUGACGCCAAUGGUCUACUCUUUUGUACCUAUGCGUACAUCUCUGACUAUUGCGGGAAGCAAUGGCCAGGGUGGCUGGAGAUGGGUUCAAUUAAUUCAAUGUCUAGUCACAGCCGCGUGGGGCAUUGUAAUGAUAUUCUUCGUAAAAGAGACACGCUUAAAUGUUAUUAUGAAGAAGAAAGCACGUAAGAUACGCAAAUUGACCGGCGAUCAAACCAUACGUGCGCAUGCAGAAGUUUAUAAGCCGACCAAGAAGGAGCUUUUACAUGAUAGUUUACUCAGACCACUCACUUAUUUAGUUCAAGAACCUAUUGUCAUAGGUUUCUCAGCCUUUAUCGGUUAUGCUUGGGCAAUCUUCUAUUCCUUCAUCGCAUCUAUUACGCACGUCUUCCUGACGCUCUACAGCGACAAUUAUGGCAUGAAUCAGGGUACUGUUGGAUUUGUCUAUGCUUCUAUUGCUGUCGGUAGCAUCUUUGGCUUCCUCUUCAACUAUUUCUUCCAGGAGAAAUUCUUCUUCGAGAAAUUUAAAUACAAUCGCCCUGUUGAGUGUAGGCUCGGUGGAGCUAUGGCGUCUGGUUUGAUCUUCCCAAUUGGUGCAUUUAUAUACGCAUUCACAUUGUACUCACACGUUCAUUGGAUUGGACCUUGUAUAGGUCUCACUAUCAUUCUCAUGGGAAUGUUCAGUAUAUAUCUGUCAUCAAUGUCGUAUCUAGCGGACUGUUAUCAGGCGAAUGCUUCAAGUGCGUUAGCUGCUAUAGCUUUGGUACGUAAUCUCACUGGUGCUAUCGUUAUCCUCGUCAUCAAACAGUGGUACGACGGAAUGGGUUUUGUCUAUGCAGGUCUACUUAUCAGCUUGCUAGCUGUAUUAUUCGCUAGCGUACCAAUCGUACUCUUCUUCUUUGGAAAGCGCCUCAGGUUGCGGUCUAAAUUCGCGCAGGAAAUCGCCAGACGCCAGGAGGAGGAACGUCUAGUUUUGAAGAAUAAGGAAUUAGAUGGGCCCAACCUUGAAAUAGAUCGAAGAACGUCCUUACAAAAUGUCUAGCGCAUAUUAGAAUCUAUUUUUUAGUUGCACAGCAACACAAGGGGACAAUUUUUCUGCAUAUUUACUAUCACUCUCAUAUCUCAUUUUUGCGGGAAGCAUAAUUUUUCAGGUAUUUCGCACUAAUUUUACAUUGUAGUACACACCUUUAA